AAUACUGUAACAUAGUAAAUAGUUACUAUACACCUCUGCUAGUUCUGGUUAAACAUUUUUCAAUCAAGUACUCAAAACCUCCACUUUCUCUCUUCUUCUGUUUGCAUCUAUCAAAAAAAAAAAAAAAAAACAUUUGCCCAGCAGGGGCUGCCAGAUACUUUCAGAUCCCUGGCAGCUCUGAGAUCCCUCCCAGUCCAGCAGAGGAGCAGAGGAGAAGCGUUCAGCUUGUGACCAGCAGCUGAGUAGGCUGUGUGGAAUUGUAGAAGCAAAAUAAAACUAAGGAGAAAUGCUUAACAUUCCAAACCCUCUGGAUAAUUUUGGACACAUUCAUCAGCCAGUCUUUAAAGCCUUACCAAAAUAUUCUUGAAAAUUUUAUAGAGACUGAGCAGAUUUGGAAGAAGAUUAAUUUGAGACGAGCAGGUGGCUACAUGAGAGCAGGGACAGGUAUGUUCUACUGGAUGUAUUUAAUAAACUGCUCUGUACAGCAUUAGGAGCACCAAACUAGACUUUGUAAUACAAGUUCAUAUCCUGUAGUUUGUGUUUUACGAUUCAGAAUAGACGUAAUAAWAAAGCACCUUCCCUGGCUACAGUGUCAUCAAACGCUGUUGCUGUGGUAAGGUUGGCGUGAGCCAUCCUUAUGGUGUUGAGGCAGUGCCUGGUCAUGGGCAACGGUUCAAUAAAUGCCCCACAGCCUGAGGAGAACAGCUGCCUGGCCCCCAUCCACACAGACCUUCCUGGCUUGGAAACAAAUCUUCUCAGGUUGCGAAUUAUCCAUUUAGAGGCAGAGCUGGCCCAACGGGAAAAAGAUUUUCAUGCUCAGGAACUCCGGCUGCAGCAUCUGCAGAAAGAACUAGAAGCCAAGGUCACUCAGGUCGAGAAGCUCCAGGAUGCAAUUUGCUACAACAAAAGUCUGAGCCGCCUGCCCCCGUCCCUUUACCGCCGCAGCUUUCGUUGCUUAAGUGUCAUCAACCAAGGUCCGAGCCGCUUCCACAGGGUGGCUGCGGAGGUCCACCGCAGGCUCAAAGCAAAGGAAGGUGUCUCUGCAGAGCCAACAUCUGAGAACUUCUGUGGAGGAUUCAGACCAUCAGAGGUUUCCACCACAAAGAUCUUCCGUAAAGACUCACACAACAGGAGGCUCAUCAAUGAUGCCAUCAUGAGUAACGACUUUCUGAACAAGCUGGAGCCACAGCACAUGAGGGAGAUGGUGGACUCUAUGUAUGAGAAGCUUUACUCAGAGGGGCAACUGGUCAUCCAAGAAGGGGAAGCUGGAAAUUACCUCUAUGUUUUGGCAGAGGGUUUACUGGAGGUGAUCCAGAAUGGGAAACUGUUGGGAGAAAUGCGUCCCGGCACAGCAUUCGGAGAACUGGCCAUCUUGUACAACUGUAAAAGAACAGCCACUGUUAAAGUGUUUCUCUGCUGCAAGAACUGCCUGAAGAAAAACUAGCUCGGAUUGUUGAUUGCCUCGAAGUGGAUUAUUUUGAAAAAGGAGAGUACAUAAUUAGAGAAGGAGAAGAAGGAGACACUUUCUUUAUCAUUGCGAAAGGAGAGGUCUUAGUCACCCAAAGCACAGAGGGAUUUACUGAACCCCAGGAAAUCAAAACCUUGGGAGUCGGCGACUACUUUGGAGAAAAAGCUCUCAUCAGUGAGGAUGUUCGCUCAGCCAACAUCGUCUGCAAUGAAAAUGACACACAGUGCCUAGUAGUGGACAGAGACAAUUUCAACCAGAUGGUGGGAACCUACGAGGAGCUUCAGGUUUAUCUGAAGGAAUAUGUGAAGGAGCUCUCCAGAUGUGAUGAAAGAAGAAAUGCCCUACCCCACUCACAUCAGGUAGACUCUGCAGAGACCCAGGAGCUCCAGAGGCUGAGGGAAAGGGUCGCUGCUCUGCCAGCUCACCAGCCUUUCCAGCAGCUUGAAGUCAUCGCUACACUGGGUGUGGGAGGGUUUGGACGAGUGGAGCUGGUGAAGCUUAAGGAUGAAGAUAUCACAUUUGCUCUUAAGUGCAUUAAAAAGAAGCACGUUGUGGAAACCAGACAGCAGGAGCACAUCUACUCUGAGAAAAACAUCCUUCAGCAAUCAAACUCAGCAUUUAUUAUAAGGUUAUUUCGAACAUUUCGGGACAAUAAGUUUGUUUACAUGCUGCUGGAAGUUUGUCUUGGUGGAGAGCUGUGGACAGUGCUACGGGACAUGAGUUACUUUGAUGAAACAACAACCAGGUUCUGUACUGGUUGUGUCUUAGAAGCCUUUGAUUAUCUCCACACUCAGGGUGUUGUUUAUAGAGACCUAAAGCCUGAAAACCUUUUACUGGAUGCAGAAGGUUACGUCAAAAUGACAGACUUUGGCUUUGCUAAAAAGAUUGGCAUUGGAAAAAAGACCUGGACAUUCUGUGGGACUCCAGAGUAUGUGGCACCAGAAGUCAUCAUGAACAAAGGCCAUGACUUUGGGGUCGAUUGUUGGUCAUUGGGAAUCCUCAUCUUUGAACUUCUCACUGGAAACCCUCCCUUUUCUGGACCAGAUCCCAUAAAGAUUUACACCAUGGUCCUCCACGGCAUCGAGAAGGUGGAUUUUCCUAAGAGAAUAGGCAAGCGACCAGACGAGCUCAUCAGAAGACUGUGCAAGUUAAAUCCAGUGGAGAGGCUGGGAAACAAAAAGAACGGUAUACUGGACAUUAAGAAACACAAAUGGUUUCAGGGCUUCAACUGGGAUGGGCUGAGAUGUCGCCAGCUGCUGUCUCCACUAAAUAGACAGCUAAAAGGCCCGAUGGAUCACAGUUAUUUUGAUGUGUUCCCACCUGACAAUGAGGAUCCCCCUGAUGAACUGUCUGACUGGGAUAAAGACUUCUGAACAUUCCAGUCGCAGACUUUAAACACCAUUGAAAAAUGUCAAGUUAUUCCCCACUUGAAAGGGAAAGACUUCCACACAGUUUUUCUUUUCCAACUGGAUUCAACUCAAGGACCAAACAAUCUGACAUUUCUUUCCUUCUUCAUUUACUUUCAGGCAGGAAUUGUCAGACAUUUUUGAAUCUUUUUUUCAGGUGAAAGGCAUUUAACACUGUAUCAGAUCUGAAAGAGUUUUUGUUUGUUGUGUAACUAAGUGAAUGUACUGGUGACCAGAAGGCCAAAAUCUGUCACUAAGCUAUAUCAUAAAAUUCUUGUUUUUCACAGAACUUUGUCAAAUCUCAUACCAAGAAAUGCUAUUAUUUCAUGAUGCCAUAAAUUCACACUAAACUAACUGUUACAUGUAUUUUCAAUGAGCCAAAAACAACAAAUAGUUCAUAAUGAACAUUAAGCAAAAGCAAACGACCUCUCUUAAUUAUCGCUCUGAAUCAGUCAAUGCAUGAUAAGAGUUACUGAUCAGAAAUGUUUGGGCCAUACCCUCCUAAGUUAGCUCUGUGACUGCACCAGCUGUAGCUCCAUCUCAAAGUCAACAAUGUCCAGAACAGAUUUGUUCAAAACAUUUGCCUUSUUGCUGCUCACUCGCCUCUCUGGUCUUUGUAAAAGUCUCUCAGUUUGGCACAGAUUCAUGCGUGUUUGGUUGAGAAGGGAUUAUCUGCAGCCUCAACGUUUUAUUUUAUGAUGAUGAUAAAUGGUUCCACGUCUUCGUUGUGUCUGGAAAGUGAACCAAUGGUCAGACCCAAGAUGCAGUUGGUCCAGGAUGCAUUCUAAACAUCAUUAAAUAAAGCCUCUGGAUAUCAAGUGA